AGUGCCUAGAGCACUUUACACGAAAAUUCCUCUGUAAUCUCUGUUUCGCUAAAAUUUCUCUAAGUUUUUCCUCGUUUUAAUGUUUAUUCUUUGUUUUAUAGGUAAUUGUUUAUUAAUUUAGGUUUAUUUUUAAUCUUAGUUCAACUUAUAAGUACAUUAAUGUACAGUGACUAUGGCUAAAAGAACUGCAUCAACAGCAUUCGACUUAGAGGAGAAAACAAAGAAGACGGAAGGAAAGAAGCAUUCUUUAGAUUCAGAUGAAGAAGAUAGUGGUGCAGAGGAAGAAAAGCGAAAUGUCCUUAAUGCUGAUGAUAUUGAAGGCGAAGAAGAUGGUGUAGGUGGAAUAGAAGGAGAAAUAACAAUUACUCCUUUUAAUAUGAAAGAAGAACUUGAAGAAGGACACUUUGAUAUGCAAGGUCAUUAUCAUUGGAAAAAAGAAAAGGAGAUCAGAGAUGGCUGGCUUGACAACAUUGACUGGGUAAAGGUUAAAGGUCGUCCAGAAGAUAAAUAUAAGGUACAUAAAGAUGAUGACAUGAGAGGACUUGGUGAUGAAUCUAGUAGUGAAGAUGAUGAAGCUGAAGAGAAAUUUGAUUUAAUUGAAAACUACAAGGAAAUAUUUGAACACAUCAAGCCAAAGGAAACCAUUGCAAAAGCAUUACAACGUCUUGGUGCUAAUUCAAAAGUAUCGAGUGCUGAACGUUGGAAAAGGAAAAAAGCAGGUAUUGUUGAUGAAGGCAGUAAAAUCGUUACUAGAAUAACAGAAUUAGCUAACCAGAUUUUAACCAAGACAGGUAAUAUGGAUAUAUACCAAGAAACCUAUGAAAAAAUUAAUAACAUUUUAAAUAAACAUAAAAGUAAAAAUGAGGAUGCUAAUUUAGACAUGUAUGCAGAUGAUUUUGAUCAAAAAGAAAAACAGAAUCUGGGUAACAAUAAAAGUGAAAAUACAAAUCAUGUAGCAGACAGUAAUGAAGAUGAAAAAGACAAUCAAGAGGUAGCUUGGGAAUUCAAAUGGAAUCAAAAUGAUGAAGAAGUGUCAGGUCCACAUUCCACACAACAAAUGCAUAAAUGGUCAACAGAAGGAUAUUUCAAAACAGGUGUUUGGGUGAGAAAACAUGGAGAAGAUAGCCAGUUUUAUACAUCAAACAGAAUGGAUUUUGAAUUGUAUAUGUAAGCUAUUAUGUAUAUGAUGUCAUGCAACAGUAGAUAUAUAAUUAGAAACAAGAACUGUUCUAAUUUUAGUGCAAAUAGACUCGGUAAUUUUACAUAUUCAUACAAUAUUUCGCCUUUGUACAUUGUUUAAAAAUUAAUUGUUCUUAAUAAUAUAUUUGUGUACAAUAAAGAAUAUUUUUAUACAAAUAAACUUAAUUAUAAUACAUAUGUACAUAAAGUUCAUAAAGUAUUCCUGGACUAGUUAUUUGCAUUAACUAAACUUUUUCCUUAAGUUGAUACCUAAAACAUUAUCUCUUUGUUUUUAUAUGAGAUAUUAAAGUAUAUUGCUGCAUUGGCUGUUUCUAGUUAUAUAUAUACCACUAUAUGUAAUGAAAUCAUAUAUUUCAUAUUUUUAAAUAUAGCCUAUGAAUAAAACAAAUGUUUGUCUAAACAUAUUUUUUAAUACUUUUGCCAAAUAAUUGAUUAACAAUGGAAUAAAUAUUAAGAUCAGUCAAAAUCUUAGCUAAUUGAUUAAUCAAUACAAUGAAUAAUGUAAUAACUUGGACAAUUACAAAUUGUGAUAUUGACGUCCCAAUGUCGAGCCAGCUGCCCGUAUUCUUAACAUUGUAGAGUAACUGAAUUCCCAUUAUAUUGGAAUAAAUUAAUACUAUUAUAAUUAGAUAUCCAAUAGGUGCCUAAAAAAAGAACAAAUAUUAUUUUGACCAAAUAAUAUACAUAUAUUGUAAAAUAUAAUCUCCAAUUGGGUUUUAGUUCAACAUAGCUCACAUUUAUAAUAAUUGUACACUGUUUAUUAUUAAUACUUCCAAUAGUUAUAUUAAUCCUCAUCACUAGUCACUUUUAAACAUAGAUAAAUUGGUUUUUGGUAGCUCAAUGCCGCAUCUGAAUGCUUUAUUCUAUGCACACGCUUUUCAAUAAGGUUUCUUAAAGGUCCACAAUUCAUGCGUGACAUUGAAUGAUGUUACUGGCGUCCAUAGGCUACCAUAGGCCCGUUUACCAUCAGACGGGCCGUAUACUUGUUUGCCAUCAUAGUAAUAAAAGAAACAUGAAAUACCGGUUUAUAGCGAUUUAGAAGAACUAUACCUAACUUGAAGAUUCAUUGGUAGAAUUGAUAGAAUGAUACAUGACGAAAGGAAGUUUAGUAAUUAAAAUCAUUAGUGUAUUUAAGAUAAUUUUCCAAGAGGCAUAUAAUAAACUCAGAUUCUCCAUUCGCAUCCUGGAGUAGGUACCAAGGAAUUGGGUAACCUACCCCAGUAAGCACGUUCCACCCGGCCCGCCCUUAAUACAUACUGUCAUCUAUCACAACGAAGUUAUUUUAUUGCAUUCAUCAUCAUAUCAGCUAUUAAAUGUCCACUACAUAGGUCUCCCCCAUUAGUAGUACUUUACGGAACUGAUACCCACAGGGAAGAGUCCCGAGCUACCUGCAUCCACGGACUCCUUGCAAUGUAUUUGAAGUCGUCGUUCCAUAUAGUGGAGGGUCGUUCAACACCGAACACAGAACCUUUCUUCCCCAUCGGUUGUCGGUUCUUCGAGGUAUGUGAUCAGCCCAUUGCCACUUCAGUUUGCUUAUCCUUCGAUCUAUUACAUUACUAGUAUAGUAUUAGGAAGGGGGAGGGGAAGGGAUUGUUAGCAAUGGAGUUUGACAGCCCCAUUGCUAGCAAUAUUAUGUCGACCUCCACGUGGUUCCCCCUGGAAACCAUCGUGAACAAUUCUCGUUUAAUUCAUCACGAUGGGCUAACUGACCUCUAUUAUCACCCAUAAAAAAAAAGUAUAGUAUUAGAGAGAGAAAGAAUUGUUAGUACUACCCCGCCAGUGUAUAAAGAUAGCGCAGGCUGGGUUACCAUUCCAUUAUCAUCCAUAAAAAAAAGAACAAAAAGGCAUAAUAUUAUAUUAUCUGUGAUUACAUCUCGGCCAACAAUAAAAAAUUAGUUGUAAUCUUCAUGAAAUUCGUAUACACGUAAUGUUUAGUAUGCAGAAGAAUAUUUUAUCUAAAUAAAAAUACUUGUACAGUUAUCUAUAUUUCUUACCUUUGUCAAAUGCUGAACUGCUCUAAAACUGCACGCCACAACCAAAAAUGGGGCCAAUGUUUUCAACAAUAUAAGUCCAGUAAUAAUGAAUGGUUUAAAUGACGUUAUAAAACAUGUUACCCAUCUAAUUUCAAAUGAAUUUAAUGACGCAAUGUUGCCUGUACCGAAAAAUGCUAGAAUAAUGUACAGAGU